CAGUAUCGGAGCUCCAGUUUGCUGACGAGGCACGAUAUCGGUAUAAAUGCUGCAGAUUCUUAGAGAUGCGUCGUCACUUUCUCGAAUUCUACGUCUUCAAGAUGUGGCUACCUCUAACAUUGCUGAUACUAGCGGGAACAUGUUCAGCCGAUUUCGAGCAUGGCUGGAAGAUCGGCAACGAGUACACCUACCUGGUGCGAAGUCGAACGCUCACCGGUUUGGAGAAGCUCUCGGACCAGGCCGCAGGUAUUCUGUUGAAAGCUCACCUAACGAUCCAGGUCAGGGACGGUAACACGUUGGUCGCAAAAGUGUCCAACUGCCAGUACGCUCGCAUCCACAAGAGCCUGCCUGGCAGCUGGCACUCUGAGAUCUCCGAUCAAAUGCUCGACCUGCGCGAGCUGCCGAUUUCCGGUCAGCCGUUCUUGAUCAAGGUCGGCCACGGGAUAAUCAGAGACCUGAUCGUGGAUCGCGACGUUCCCACCUGGGAGCUGAACAUCCUGAAGAGCAUCGUCAGCCAGCUCCAGGUGGACACCCAAGGCGAGAACGCCAUCAAGAAGCGCGACAUCCAGGAACCCACCGACGAGGAACCAUUCGGUAUAUUCCGCGCCAUGGAGGACACCGUCACUGGCAAAUGCGAGGUUCAUUACGACAUCAUGCCCCUGUCGGAGCACAUGAUCGAUCUGCAGCCCGAGUUGGUCCCGAUGCCGGAUCUGAAAGGCAACGGGAUGCACAUCGACAUCAUGAAGACGAGGAACUUCAGCAGGUGUGACCAGAGAAUGGGCUACCACUUUGGUAUCUCCGGGCAGAACGAUUGGGAACCUGGCUCCAACCUCAAUGGAGAAUUCCUUUCGAAAUCCUCCACGAGCAGAAUCAUAGUUUCCGGGAACCUGAAGCGUUUCACGAUCCAAUCGUCGGUAACGACCAGCCGGAUCCUUGUCAGCCCUCGGUUCUACGACAACCAGAACGGCGUGGUCGUCAGCGUGAUGAACCUGACCCUGGCGAACAUAAACAGAGUGAAGUCUCAGUUGUCCGGGCCGUCGAACCCCGAAUCCACCGGCAACCUCGUCUACGUCUACGCCGAUCCGUUCUCCGACAUGGAGGAUCGUAGAAACGGCAAGCAAACGGAAGCUCUGAACUCCAACAUGGAGACUUCCGACAGCGCCAGCUCCGAGAACAGCGGCUGGAUCUCCAGCAGCGACGAACAAUUCUGGCAGCCGAGGCCCACGCUGGAGGACCCACCGCAGAUCCCUCUGUUGCCCAACUUCAUCGGUUACAAGGGCAAGUUCAUCGACAAGUCCAAGAACAUCGAUAUACAGAAACUCGCCAAGGAGCUGAUCUACCAGAUCGCCAACGAGAUCGAAGACGCUAGCAACAUCCCCAGCCAAGGGACCCUCGAGAAGUUCACGCUCGUGAUCGACCUGAUCCGCAUGAUGGGCAGGAACAAGCUGAUGUCGAUCGCGAACGAAGUGUUCAUCUCGCCCAACCAGCUGAAAUCGAACGACAAGAGCCAAGCGGUGAAGCAGAACGCCUGGGCCGUGUUGAGGGACGCCGUCACCCAGGCUGGAACAGGACCAGCUCUGCUGACCAUCAAGCACUGGAUCGAGAAGGGAGACGUCACUGGCCUCGAGGCUGCCGGCAUCGUCUCGCGGAUCCCGAAAACUGCACGCGCGCCUACCGCCGAGUACGUCAAGGCAUUCUUCCAAUUGGCCACCAACCCGAAAGUGAUGAAAGAGGAGCUCCUGAACACCGCGUCGAUCCUGGCGUUCUCCGAGCUGGUUCGUCUCUCGCAAGUGAACGACAAGACCAUCCACAAUCUCUAUCCGGUACACACUUUCGGUCGCAUGACGCCCAAGAACGACAAGACAGUCGUCAACGAGUACAUCCCGUACUUGGCCAACGAGCUGAAGAAGGCUGCCAUGGACCGCGACAGCAAACGGAUGCAGACGUACAUCCUGGCAUUGGGCAGCAUCGGGCACCCCAAGAUCCUCUCUGUGUUCGAGCCUUACCUCGAAGGAAAGGAACCGGUCACCGUCUUCCAGAGAACGUUGAUCGUCUCGUCUCUGAGCAAGCUCAUCGAAAUGCAUCCUAGACUUACGCGCUUGAUCCUCUACAAGAUCUAUCUGAAUACCAAGGAGUCCCACGAAGUCCGUUGCAUGGCCAUCUUCCUCCUGAUGACAACGAACCCUCCGUUGAGCAUGUUGCAACGAAUAGCGAGCUUCACGAACUUCGACACCAGCAAACAGGUAAACUCGGCCGUCAAGUCCAGCAUCCAGAGUAUGGCGAAUAUGAAGAUCCCUGGCUCGGAGGACAUGGCUCGAAAAGCUCAAGCUGUCAUCAACCUGCUCAAUACCGAGACCUACGCCUACCAAUUGUCCCACGGUUUCGUAAACGACGCUGUCCUGAACAACGUGAUGCACCGUACGAUCAUCAAAUACAUCGGCAGCGACGACAGUCUGAUCCCUAAAUCUAUGUACUACGGAUCUUUCUCGUCCUUCGGCGAUUUCAAAGUACCGCCCAAGGAGUUCAUGGCGAUGUUGUCCACCGUGAAGCCUCUCAUCGAUAUGCUCUUCGCGGACCAAAAGAAACAAUCCUCCGAGAGAUCCUGGACGCAGAAGAUCGCCGAGGAACUGAACAUCAUACCGGAAGAGCCUAUGAAGAUGGAAGGAAACAUAAUGUGGAACUCCAAGUACAGCUCCUAUUUCUGGCCAUUCGACAAGAAGGAGCUAAACAAUCUCAACGCAUUGAUGGCUACCUACUUCACGAGCAUGCAGGACGGCCGUUACAUAAACGUGAACAAGUUUAUGUCCUACGACGUGGUUCUGAGCUUCCCCACGGACACCGGUCUUCCUUUCGUGCACACUUUGAGCGUGCCAACCUUGUACAAAGCCACCGGGAACAACAGAAUGAUGCAGGGAUCGAGCAUCGACAUAAAAUCGUCGAUGCGCAUGGUCCACUCGACCAAGGUCCAAGGAAGAAUCGGUUUCGUGACUCCGUUCGAUCACAGGCACUUCAUCUCCGGCGUCGACGUCAACUUCCAGAUGUACGCGCCCGUCGAGGUCGAGUUAGGGGGUGCACCGAACAACGUGCAACUGAAGAUCCGGCUGCUGGAGGGCGAGGAGAAGGCACGACUGGUGCAGUACAGCGUAAUUCCCUACACCUCGAGCCACGACAUUCUGCAUCAACGUCCUCUGCUCGAGGACAAGAAUACCCACGUGGUGCAGAGCGGCGAGACCAUGAUCAAUUCUAUACCGCUUAUUAACGAGGAGGUGAAAGCGUGGCGAUUGAACGUGGAGGCUGACAAGUCGAACAAGAACCUGUUGUCCAUGGAGAACGUAUACUCUACGUUGAUGUACCCGUGGAGCAAGGUCAACGACAAGUUCCGCAAGAUCGAACUGAUCAUGGACCUGGAACAACCUGUAAAAGAACCAGUGUUGCUAACUGCGACGAUCGACGCGAUGGACAUUCAAUCUGAAACCGUGGACAGUCGGCUGUGGACUCCGAUAGCGAUGGCCGUGGAACCGAUCGACAAGAAAGGGAACAGCAAUUCCCGCAGAAAACAAUUCCUAGAGGAGGUGACCAAGGGUAUCAAGUCGGCGACGUCCGGAGUAUUGGAUGUGGAACUGCAGCUGCCAGGCGAGCUCGAGUUGACCAACGCCUUCACCGUCGCCUGGUCCAAGAGCAACGUCGACAACAAGCAACGAAACCUCUUCUACUGGAACUUCAACACGCCUGCGCUCGAGGGCAAGUACGAGGUCUGCGCGUCUUCGCAAACCGAGACGAGCGACAACAUCCUCCCUAUGUACGAGAAGGCCGUCAAUAUCGAGCCCAAGAAGAAGUUCGACGUGGCCAUCCGUUACGGAACGACCUGCUCCGAGAACAAACAGAUCAACGUGAAAGCAAAGCUCACCCAGACCAAUCAGAUGAAGGAGACGGUCAAGAACUCUAACGUAGUCGGGGAAUGCAAGAAACAAAUGAAACAGGGUAACAAGAUUCUCCGGGCCUGUCAGGAGGCAGCAGGUCUUGCUACGUUGUUGGACCAGGUAGAUGUCACUCUGGACAUUCCGUCGAACGAACUUUUGGAGAUGGCCAGCGCAGUGGUAGACAUUAUCGACGACACCAGAGUCUUCAACGUGCGAACGGGCAGCACGAAACCCAAGAACGCCGACAAAAACAAGAUCGAUAUCAAAGCCAAGGUCUCGACGGACCUAAACGCCGUCGACAUGGUUGUGCACACUCCAGACGUGGACGUGUGGUUCGACGAUGUUAGUCUACUUCCGUUUGGAAUCGCUUCUGACGAUCUUGUGAUGGCCAACAGUGACAUGCAAGAGAUGCUGGCCAACGACAACCUCGAACCAACCUGUGUGCUUGACAACACGCGAGCAGAGACCUUCGACCGUAAAGAGUACCCUCUGAGACUGGGCAACUGCUGGCACGUCGUGAUGACCACCUACCCGAAAAUGGACCCCGCCAAGCCCGACGAGAAACUUCGCCUCACCGAGGACACCAGCGUGAGCAUCCUUACCCGCGGCACCGACGACGGAGACAAAGAAGUCAAGGUUCUGCUCGAUGAACGAGAGAUCUUACUCCUGGCGAGAGAAUCCCACCUCAGGGUCAAGCUGAACGGACGGGAGAUCAAGAUCUCCAAGGACAAGAGCCACCAAGAGAUACAGGGAGACAAGGUCCUCUUCGAGAUAUUCAGAUUCACGGAUGGUUCCAUCGGUCUUGUGUCCGACCAUUACUCCUUCAAGCUUGGAUUCGAUGGAAAACGCAUUCUACUCAAGUCAUCCGAGACCUACCGCGACUCCGUGCGCGGUCUCUGCGGAAACUUCGACGGCGACGCCACGAACGACUUCCUGGGCCCGAAGAACUGCGUCCUGAGGAAACCGGAUGAGUUCGUCGCCACGUACGCGCUCACCAAGAACCAGUGCGAGGGCGAGGCCUUGGAGAUGGCGCAAAAGGCCAGAACGUUCGAGUGCUUGGCCCAGGACAAAACGAUCCGGUCCAACGUGAUCACCGACGUCGAUGCCGGAAGAGCCGACAAGGAAGAUGAAGCGUGGGGAUACCAUCAGAAGCAACGAAAGAACAACGACAAGCGUUGCUCAGCCAUUCACAGGACGCUAGUGGAGAAAAUCGACGGCAAGUUAUGUUUCACCACGCGACCGAUUAUCGCCUGCCCAUCCUCUUGCACCGCCACCGAAACCAAAUCGAAGACCUACCAGUUCCACUGCCGAGAGAUAAACAAGGAGUCUCGGGAACUGCAGAAGAGGAUCGAGAAGGGCGCCAGUCCUGACUUGAGUCAGAAACAAGUCCACAUGUCGCGAUCUAUAGACGUUCCUUUUGCGUGCGAGGCGUGAUCAAGUGCGUACCUGACACCGUUUAGUAGAACCGUUUGUAGCUAGUAGUCGAAUUAGUUAAUAUUUUAUUUGUAUUUACACGUAUUAGUAAAGAUGACCAUUUUCGAAUA